UAGCAACUGUUCAAGCAAGAUUCAAAACAUAAUUGUAAGCAUAAGAGAAACCCAACAUUUUAUUUUGUUUAGAAGUAGCCUAAUAUAAACGUAAAUGUAGGCUGUUUAAUGGGCGCAGAUAAUGAUGGCUGCUGUCGCGAAGAGUCCUGCGUAAUAAUAUAAAUAGUCACUUUUGCCACGAGUACUAUCGUGCAAAAAAAUAAUUACCCUUUGUUUCACCUAUAAUAUUAUUUCAGACUCUUCAGGCAAAGUUUUCCAUAGUUGAGUUUGUGUGGCUUUGUUCUGCUGUCUGUAUUACUGCGGGGAAACAAGGCGCAUCUCUGCAGCGGGCCCUACUCGCUCCUCUCCACUUGGCGCAAGCGCGCUGGCUCCUCUGUGCGCUCUGUACGGUGUGUUUGCAUUGUGUCAGAACUGCCGGCGAGCUUUAAAAUAUUUCCAAUCCUUCCAACCGCGGCAAUGUCGGGCAGGUCCGUACGAGCCGAGACUCGAAGCAGGGCGAAAGAUGACAUCAAGCGGGUUAUGGCCGCGAUUGAGAAAGUACGGAAAUGGGAGAAGAAAUGGGUGACAGUUGGAGACACAUCCCUGAGGAUCUUCAAGUGGGUUCCAGUUACUGAGCCCAAAACAGCAGAUGAAAAGAAGAAGGGGAAGGAUGAGAAGUAUGGGUCAGAAUUGACCACACCAGAGAACAGCUCUUCUCCUGGGAUGAUGGACAGGAAUGACGACAACAGUAACCAGAGUUCUAUCGCUGAAUCCUCCCCUGUCAGGAAACAGGAAACCAGCACUAGCCCAGCCCCCGAACCCACCACCGUAUUCCAUGGCGACAACAGUGAGGCCAAUAGCGACCAGAGCCCUGACUGCAAGAGGGUGAAGAGCAACCCAUCAGAGAGAGGACAGAGGGACAAGAGAGACAGCAGCCAGACUUCCUCGGGAGAAAAGGACACCUCAGACAGCCGCAAAGCCACUCUGGAUCCGGAGGAAGAGGCUCCUCGCAGUAAGAAGAACAAGCAGGAGUCUCCAUCUCAGGACUACGAGGAGAAAUAGUCACACUGCAUCCUUUCUUCUCUCUAUCCUCUUCCUCCCCCACGUAGCCCCUAACACUCCUCUGAGCAGAGGGAGAAAGGACUUUACCUCCCUUCACUGAGCCCCUCUUCUCUUCUUCCACACUCACUAAUGCCAAGAGUAGCUCUGUGAUCCAGCCUGUUAUCCCCUCCAUGACCAGGGGUUACGCAGUGUGCUCAGCUCAGCCAGAAGAGAAAAACACUACGGCGUCUCAAAAUGGACAAACUGCUAUUGACGCUUUUUCUCAUUUUUUUAAGCAAAGGUCUUUUAAGGGAGUAUGCAAGCACACUCGUUCGGUUUGGCUAGCCAAGUUCGGCUAAGCACCAGCCGAACUGAAGCAUGCUGACGCCUUAAGGGCAUCUUCUAACCCAAGAGCCACGUCAAACCUCCCCCUAACUCACCUCUGGUUGAUACAGUGUUUGUUUAGGUCAGUUUCCAGUUGUUACAUUUAGUUUUGGGGUUGUUUUUUUUUAGCUCAGGAGGGUCAAUACACUGCUAAGAUAUAAUGUCACACAAACAACACACCAUGGUUUUACUGCUGCUGUACUGGGUGUGGAUUUGUGGAUGUUUUUUACAAAAUGGCUUCUGAAAGUAUUCACCCCCUUGGCAUUUUUCUAUUUUGUUGCCUUAUAACCUGGAAUUAAAAUAGAUUU